AGCCAGUACCUCGGCCUUUUCAACGAGUCCAACAAUGGCAAUCUCACCAAUCACGUCUUCGCCGUGGAGCUCGACACAAUCUACAGCAGCGAGUUCGGCGAUAUCAAUAACAAUCACGUCGCCGUCGACAUCAACGGUCUGGAUUCACUGAUAGCAGCUCCGGCGGGGUAUUACGACUCAGGCGGAAACUUACGGAAUUUGACUCUCAUCAGUGGUCAACCGAUGCAGGCCUGGAUUGACUACGAUCAAGUAGAAAACCAAAUCGAUGUCACUCUAGCUCCGAUUAGCGCCGCCAAGCCAGCAAGAUCCCUGCUGUCGCUGAGAAAAGACCUGUCGGAAAUUUUGGAGGAUACGAUGUUCAUCGGCUUCUCAUCGUCCACUGGCUCGUUCCUCACUCAUCAUUAUGUAUUGGGUUGGAGCUUUAGACUGAAUGGCCAAGCUGAGGGAAGACGGAAACGAAUCGAAGAAAGGAAGAUCCGAUGA